GCGCCCCGCUCCUCGAGGCCCCGCCCCCUGCGGCCGGCCGGGACGCGCGGCGGCCGCCGACUCGGCGCUGCCCGACGGACGCGGCGGGAUGGACGCGGCGGGACCUCCCGGCGUCGGCGGGGACCCGAGCCCGCCGCACAGGCAGGUGUACAUGGACUAUAACGCCACGACGCCCCCAGAGCCCGAGGUGGUGCAGGCGGUGACCGAGGCCAUGCAGGGGGCCUGGGGGAACCCCAGCAGCGCGUACCCCGCAGGUCGGAGGGCCAAGGACAUCAUCAGGACAGCGCGGGAGAAUCUCGCCAGGAUGGUCGGCGGGAAGCCCCAGGACAUCGUCUUCACCUCUGGGGGCACCGAGUCCAACAACUUGGUGAUCCAUUCGGCCCUGCGACACUGGCUGCAGGCGUGCGGCCCGCAGCGUGUGGCGGGGACCCUGCCCCACUUCGUCACCUGCUCCGUGGAGCACGACUCGGUCCGCCUGCCCUUGGAGCACCUGGUGCGGGAGCGCGUGGCCGAGGUCACCUUCGUCCCCGUGUCCAAGGUGAGUGCACGGGCAGAAGCCGAUGACGUCCUGGCUGCUGUCCGCCCAGCCACGUGCCUGGUGACCAUCAUGCUGGCCAACAACGAGACUGGCGUCAUCAUGCCCGUGCCCGAGAUCAGCCGCCGCGUCGCAGCCCUGAACCCCCAGCGCGUGGCGGCCGGGCUGCCGGCCAUCCUGCUGCACACGGACGCGGCCCAGGCCCUGGGGAAGCGGCGCGUGGACGUGGGAGAGCUGGGCGUGGACUUCCUGACCAUCGUGGGUCACAAGUUCUACGGUCCCAGGAUCGGCGCGCUGUACAUCCGUGGGCUCGGUGACCUCACCCCGCUGUACCCCAUGCUGUUCGGGGGUGGCCAGGAGCGCAACUUCAGGCCAGGGACCGAGAACACGCCAAUGAUCGCCGGCCUCGGCAAGGCGGCCGAGCUGGUGACCGAGAACUGCGCAGCCUACGAGGCCCACAUGGGAGCCGUGCGCGACUACCUGGAGGAGAGGCUGCUGGCUGAGUUCGGCCAAAGGAUCCACCUCAACAGCCGCUUCCCAGGCACCGAGCGACUCCCCAACACCUGUAACUUCUCCAUCCGGGGACCCCAGCUGCAAGGCCGCCUGGUGCUGGAGCGGUGCCGGACGCUGCUGGCCAGUGUGGGGGCCGCAUGCCACUCGGACCAGGGUGACCGCCCGUCACCCGUGCUGCUGAGCUGCGGGAUCCCGGCGGACGUCGCCAGGAACGCGCUCCGGCUCAGCGUGGGCCGCAGCACCACCCGGGCCGAUGUGGACCUCGUGGUGCAGGACCUGAAGCAGGCGGUGGCCCAGCUGGAGGGCGGGCCCGGCGCCCAGGACACCCCAUAGGGGGCCGGCCCAGCCCACAAGUCUCUCCAGCCUCCGGGUCUCGCCUGCCCACUGUGCCCGGCCAGGCAGUGCGUGCAGACGUCUGCCCGUGUGCAUUGUCUGUGCUGGCGUGCCCAGAGUGACGUGUCCAGUAUGUGGGCGUGUGUGUCCAUGUGUGGUGUUCAGAUGGGUGUGUGUCCAGGCAUCCGGACACACACGUCUACGUAAAUUACAUGUUGGUGUUCUGGGUACGUGUCAGUGUGCAUACACUGUAUGCACUUGUGUUUGUGUACAACUGUCCAUGUGCACACACAGUGUGCAUGUGUUCAUGUGUGUUUGUGCACAAUGUCUUGUGCAUGUGUGUUCAGAUGUGUAUUGUGUGAAUAUACUUGCAUGUGGUUGCUCAUGUUCAUGUGUAUUUGUGUGCAACAUGGCAUUUGUGCUCAUGUGCAUGUAUACAUGUGUGUACAUGGGCUCAUGCAUAUGUGGGCCCAGUGCAGCAUGUUUGUGUGUGCACUGUGUGUACACAUCCGUGUACAUGCUACACACAUGUUUUCAUGCCUGUGUCAGUGCAGUUUUUAUGUGCCCAUGCAUGUGCCCAUGUUUUCAUGUGUGUUGUACACAUGCUGCAUAUGUGUUUCAUGCAUGUGUCAGUACUUUCACACAUGUAAACAUUGUUGUUUAUUUACAUGUGUGUUGGUGUUUGCAUGUGUUCAUGUGAAUUUGCACAUACUGCACACAUGUUCAUGCAUGUGUGUAUGAACACAGUGGGAAUGUGUGCGUGCGUGUGUAUAUGUAUUGAUGUGAACGUGUUUAUAUAUGUUCUGGUGUACAUAGUGCACAACUGUGUUCACAUGUGUGUCACUGCAGCUCUGCUCAUUUGUAUGUGUACAUGUGCAUGUGUGUCUGUAUGUACAUGUGUUCAUGUAUGUGUAUCACUUUGUGCACUCUUUGCGUGUGUGUUCAUGUGUGUGCUCGUGUGUGCCUUGAGCCCUCUCCAGGAGUGGAACAGCGGUGGCACACAGCCCGGGGAGCUGCCCCAUCACCAGGGGAGGACGCUCCUGUCACUGCCAUGGGUCUCUCAGGAAACAUCGUUGCAUCUGUGCCCCCCAGAAACCAGGGGGGCCUGUUGCGUGACCCCCCCCGGGAAGGUGGCGUCUCUGUCCAGUAUGAAAUGCUGGCCUCUGCGAUGCCCAUCAGCUGCUGGCGACACAGGAAAGCUGCCGUCCUGUCCCCACUGGACUCAAGGACACUGUGACAUAGGAAGGCCACCAUGGAGUUCUCAGGGACACUGACAUAGGAAGGCUGCAUCCUGUCCCCUGGAACUCUCGGGGACACUGACAUAGGAAGGCCGCGUCCUGUCCCCUGGAACACUCGGGGACACUGACAUAGGAAGGCCGCGUCCUGUCCCCUGAACACUCGGGGACACUGACAUAGGAAGGCCGCAUCCUGUCCCCUGGAAUUCUUGGGGACACUCUGACAUAGGAAGGCCAUGUCCUGACCUCUGGAACUCUCGGGGACACUGACAUAGGAAGGCCGCGUCCUGCUCCCAACUCCAGCCCCCCAACAACCCCUGUCCAUCCCCCACCCCCCACCAUGCUUCCUCUGUGGGUCCAGGCAAGGUCCACGCUCUGCUCGGUGCCCCCCAGCGGCCCCUGGCAUGCCGACUGUAGGAGAGGAGGCUUCUGUCCGUGCAUCCUCGGGCUGUCAGUCACUGGACACUGCCCUGCCCCAGUACUUCCUUUGCAUCUGCAGUCGAGGUCUCCAGCCGGCCCCUCAUCUGGGUGCCAGGUGUGUGCCAUGCUGGGUCUGUGGGGGUGACGUGUGUGCCCCCGCUCAGCCCCACCUGAGUCCUGCUCACCUUGACGCUCAUGCAGCCACACAGAGUGACUGUGUCUGCAGACACACACACAUCUGGAGCCCGGGGCAGCCCUGCUGACUGCCUGGAGGAGGCGACCCUGAGAUGAACCUAUUGGAGCUAAUAAAAGCCGACAUCAUGCUGCACGUUUGGGGUUUCUCUUGGGGUGUUAGGGUUGCCAGCGUAGCCUUGGGGUGGGGCGCCAGGAUUGGGUAUAGCAGACACGGGCGGUCACGCCCAGAACUGCCUCUGGUGCCAUAUCAGCUCGUUAACGGCCAUGGUCCAGAGACUCGCAUCAAUCUCCAAAGAGAUCAGCGAGCUGCAGAGAUGCUCCUGACCCCAAGGUCAGCAACAUCUCCAACACCACGGAUACAGUGGGAGUAGCACAAGGCUUAGCCUGUGCCACGGGCCUGGGGUCUCUCCUGUAAGGCCUUCCAGGGUGAUGUAACAGCCUUCACACACUUUCUGCUAAGGGAACUUUUUUGAUAAUUUUUAGCGAAUUAUUCAUGAGCAAUACAAAAUAUAUCAUUUGGGGCCGCUAUUGGGGCAGGCUUGGGUGUGGUG